AAAUUUUUAUGGUUUUGCAGAGGCGGAUAAUAUACCAUAAGAGUUGCCAAUAUUUUUAAAUAUAAAGAAUAUUAUGACCAAUUAAUUACACAGAAAUACCGCAUUAAGAAAAUUAGCUUAGUGUAAGUUUUAGCUUCAAUUUAAAUAGUACUAGUAAUACUAGUAAUCUGUUAAAAAUAUUGAAGGAAGUUUCUGAAGAAAAGGAAAUGGAAUAUUCUACGAAAGUUUCGGUGAAAGGUAUUAGUGUGGACGACGAUAACGUUGUUCUUGCUAUUACUCCCUCGGGACAAAUGAUCGCAAUAAAAACAGAUUACGAAAAACCCAAAUUGUUUAUAUCUGAAAGUGCACGUUUAGAAUGGGAAUGGGCAGACCGGAAAGAAGCGGAAUAUAUAAAAUACAAACUAGAAAUUGGAGAAAUUAAACAUGAAAUAGUGAAGGACCGAGUUAUCGUAUGUGAAAAAUUCGGUGUCGAAAUUCCUGUUGAAUUCACUUUAGAGGAUAAAAAGCGUAAACGUUUAUUAAAGAGUGAAUAUCGUUUUAAUGAUAUUUGUUCACGAUUACGUGUAUAUGCAAGUCUCGAUCAGGCUAAAACUGAUCUAUGUCUCAGGGCAUUGAAAAGUUUGAAAAAUUUACAAUUAAAUCGUUUGAUCGUCUUGCUCAAUCCGGGGUGUGUUGAUACAAUACGACGUUUGCGUAAAUAUGUAGGAAACUUGAAAUCGUGGAAGUUAAGGGUGACACAGGAAAGAAAAGUCAUAGCACACGCUGCAACUAUCCGUAACCUUGCUAUAACUAUUUACGAUAGUUUUAAAAAAAUGUUUAAUUUCAAUGGCGAAAAACCGUUUUGGGAUGAGUAUUCCGAAUAUGUACAGAUUUUUCAAGAGGCAACAAAAAAGAUACGUCAGGGUUAUCUUACUAUUGUGACUGAAGAUAUUUAUCAAAAAUUAUUAGCUAAACAUAAAGCUAUAGGAAGAAACACUGCAAUGAAAACAAAAGAUCAACAUUCACAGCGGCUUGUACAACCAAUACCAUCAAUAGCAGAACGCUACGCAAUCACUCAAGGUCUUGCACAACAAAACCAAACAAUUUUUAUACCACAUCAACUACAUUGUUUGGACGAAGAUGCAUUAUCAGGGUGGUAUAUGCCACCAUAUGAACCCCACAUGCCUACCACGUUUACUGGAAUCUUAUCAAUACAACAACCACCUACAUCUUAGAGUCAUCAUUCAACUAUGAGUUCGAAUACUAUGCAAAUAUCCUUAUCAUCAUAUUUGUCACAUUCCAACAUUGUGAAUGUACUAACUAUAUCACCAGUAAACGACAUCAAUCAAUCAUUUGAUUUGACAACACCAAGCCCAACCUGGAUUAUGUCGGUGGGCCUCAAAUAAAUGUAGCCCACAUGGAUAUACAUGUUAUCAUACCACGAAUAAUUAUGUUACAUCGAUAUUAUAAUAAAAAUGCCAAAGAUUGGUGCAAAAGCAGUCUGUUUAUCUUCACUAUCCUACGAUCAGUCGAUAAUAUAAAACACAUCAUCCUUAUUCUCAGUCAUCUCAUCUAUAAAUGUAUAAGUGCACACUCAUCACAAUACAUAAACUCACUAGAAGUCAUUGAGCUAUCCUCAGAUAUAAACAUGAAACCAGCACCCGAAAGUCCAUGCAUUUCAUACUUGGCAUACAGAAGAAUGGCUAAUAACUUACCCAACCGACAACCGUCAUUUCAAAGUCGAUUUCGUCAUUCGUCAAGCAUAAGAGCUAAACUACAGAAAUGACAGCAAGAACCGAUACCGGUAGAACUAUAUUAAUUACUGGUGAUAUGGA